UGACUAUAGUCACGGUAUCCAUUGGAUGGGGGAAGGAUCGGGAUACGGGUCCCAUCCAGUGCCCGGUAGACUUGUGGCACAAGGUGCGUGGUGGAGUUGAGGUGCGCUGUAGCCUGUGUCUCAGCCACGUCAGGUAAAUUGACGAAUUGGUUCAACAGCUUGAAUCGUCUGGCCCUGCACACCGCGUAUACACAGCGGUGAACGGUUGUCUCGCUGACACCAAAUGUCUCUGCCACAACCCUGGAUUCUGCACAGCAGCUCAGAUGCCAAAGAAAUGCUUCCUGCAGGCUGUAAACCAGUUUGACCAGCUGUCGACAUAUGAUCACUGCCUCACAUUUCUCCGCUGGCUUCCUCAAAGUGGAAGAAGAUGGGCAACUCAGAGGAGGAAAUGUUCUACCAAUUAGAUUAUGACUACAACGAUACUGAUUCUGACUACCUGAUUGAAGCACCUUGUUCAUACCAGAACACACACAGCGUUGAGCUGGUGGUCAUUCCGUACGUCCACAUCAUCAUCUGCAUCCUGGGCUUCGUAGGGAACAGCCUGGUGAUCGUCACUUAUGCCUUCUACAAGAGUACCAAGUCCAUGACGGACGUCUACCUGCUGAACUUGGCCAUCGCAGACCUGCUGUUCGUGGUGUCGCUGCCUCUUAUCGUCUACAACGAGCUGUCGGCGUGGCCGAUGGGGCCAGUGGCCUGCAAGCUGCUGUGCGGCUCCUACAGCGUGAACCUGUACAGCGGCAUGCUGCUGCUCGCCUGCAUCAGCGCCGACCGCUACAUCGCCAUCGUCUGUGCCCGCCGCAGCUCCAGACUGCGCUCGCUGGUGUACAGCCGCCUCAUCUGCGCCGUCGUCUGGGCCUCCGCCUUACUGCUGUCCGUCCCAACCUUCUACUUCUACAGCUGGUACCAGCCGUCCAACAGCAUCGCCUUCAUAGAAGAUGAGGAGAGAAACCAGACGUCCGGGCCUCCACAGUACAUCUGCGAGUUCAGGUUCACGGACAAAACCACAGCGUUGAAUAUCAAGAUGGCGGUCCCCAGCACCCAGCUGGCCGUGGGCUUCUUCCUGCCGCUGCUUGUCAUGGUCUGCUGCUACACCGCCGUCAUCGUCACCUUGCGUAAAGCCAGAAGCUUCCAGCGGCACAAGGCGAUGCGAGUGGUGCUGGCCGUGGUGGCGGUUUUCAUCGUCUGCCACCUGCCCUACAACGUCGCGCUGCUCUACGACACCGCCAACAUGUUCGAGCUGCAGUCGUGCCAAGAGUCGGACAUCCUGCAGGCGGCCAAGACGGUGACGAAGACUGUCGCCUACUUGCACUGCUGCCUGAACCCGGUGUUGUACGCCUUUGUCGGGGUGAAGUUCAGGAACCACUUCAGGAGGAUCUUCCAGGACUUGUGGUGUCUGGGGAAGAGCUACAGCGCCCCGCCGCUCGGUGAACGGAUCCAGCAAAAAAACUGCUCGUCUUUCACCAUGUGAGGACACCCGGCAUGUUCAUGUCUUGACUAGAAACUUCCCUCCUUGGACCAAAUAUCCAGAUGCUUUCCUCGUAGACCCAAUGGUCCAGAAACUUCCCUCCUAGACCCAAAGAUCCUGAAAGUUCCCUCCUAGACCCAAAGAUCCUGAAAGUUCCCUCCUAGACCCAAAUAUCCUGAAAGUUCCCUCCUAGACCCAAAGAUCCUGAAAGUUCCCUCCUAGACCCAAAGAUCCUGAAAGUUCCCUCCUAAACCCAAAGAUCCCAGAGAGGGAUCAUUUUAGUUAUUUUAAAAUUAUUUAAUUUAUCUCCAGUGUAUUCUUAAAGAACUUGCUUGCUUUGUAUCAGCUCUACAUCCACAAAAAAAAGGGCUCUUCACCGAGCUGAUCCACUUGGGCCUCUGUUUACCAGUGUCUACUGCUGGCUCCGAAAGGUCUUUCUCAGCUCUUCGCCACCUGAAAACCUGGCUCCGUAGCACUAUUACUCAGAGUAGACUUUUUGCAGAAAGAUUUUGCAUAGUCUGUUACUUUGUGGCACUCAGGCCUUUUUUUGGCCGUUAUGCAGCUUAUGAACACUUAAUCUACUUGUGGUUGUUUUAACAUAAACAUACAUUGUCAUCUAGAAAACCAAUCUUGGUGCGUCGAGCUCCUUGUUUUAACAAACAUUUUGAUUAUGCAUGUAUUGCUAAUAAUA